CUGGAGUGUGCGGCUAGUGGGUAUAAAAAGGCAGGCCCACAUGCAGGCCCAACACCGCUUCUUCUGGCACCCAACAAGAACCCUUCGCUACUCAUUGUGAUGGAUUACGCAAGAGCUGUCACAAUCGUCGUGCUGGUUGUAUCCUCCGGCCUAGUGUCUUGCACCGCUCAGUUACACUACUCAAGAUCCUCUUCAAACUCGUUCAAAGAUGACCAAGUGUGUGAAUACAAGUACUCAAUGGAAAUGGGUCAGUUCAGACACAUGGAUAAGCCCAUCAGUAUCGAGGCAAACGUCGAGAUCAUAUGUGAAUCAAGUGGUUUCUACGGACCUAACACAGCCACCAGAUACUGCAUGACAGUGACAGAUGUCAGAGGAAGUUUCCUCAAUUUCACCGAAAACGGAGCAACUGAACCUGAACAUUAUGAAAUGAUGAAAAAUUAUACUGUAGAAUAUCUUUCGGGAGUGUUCUGCUUUGUUCAGACCAGCGAUGGUAAAGUUGUUUCAGUGUUUCACCCACGCACCGAGGACGCCAAAGUCACCAACUUCAAGAAAGGGAUUGCUUCAGCUUUUCAAACGAAUUUCAAAGGAACUGGUCAAGAGAUAGAGACUGAUCCUCAAUCACAACAUCACUCCCAUUACAGUUAUUCAGCUGGGCAAGGAGGGAAAAGCAAAAUUCACCGUACAGUCACGAGCGAAGAUGUCUUGGAAUAUUCAAGUGGUGUACACACGAGAGAUGUUCAGUUGCGGGAAGAAGACGACAUUGAAUACAGGGAUGGUAGAUUGUUCAGGUCCAGUGGAAACAUGUACCUAUCAGUAGACAAAGAAACACACAGCAGUGGCCAAGGAUCGGGAGGAAUGGAUGAAUUUGCUGAUGUUGUUACAGCUCGUGGAUCAUUUGAUAUGGAACUAAAUGAGUGUAGAACUGUUCGGCAGACAAGAAGGAGGAGAGCAGUCCAGCAACAUCUUGACGGAAGAUUUUCAUUGGAAGAGGGUCUUAUGGCCACAUAUGAUGAGAGCAAAGUUGAGAUUGAGACACUGGAGAAUCUUCGCCAGAAUUUUAAAACUUCCGAACAAGUCACUAGGGCUCUGCGAAACACUAACAGCAGCAAAACAUUCAGCAUGUUGGAGAAGGUAAUGGUCCUUGAGCGGAAAUAUAGACCUGAAGGGGUGUCUGUGACGCAGAUUGUGUUAAACUAUCUGAGGAAGAUAAAGACAUUGGAACCGGAGGAGUAUGUGGCACAGCGAGUGAAUAUCUAUUCUCUACUCAGUUCAGAAGGAAGCAGAAGGGCAGAAACUGCAUUGAUUGAGCAACUUGAUGAGACAGAUCUGUCUGAUGCAGAAAGGAGGGUAGUCAUGCUAGCUAUUGCUUUACUACCAACACCCAGUUCUCAAGUGAUCCAAACAAUAGAAGACACGAUUACUGAAACAACGUCAUCGUUGCUACUGGUGUAUGGGUCACUGGUGGCUAAUGCUGCUCCUGACCAGGAAAUGAAGAUGGUGACAUUUCUCACCGAUCGACUUACCGAAAACAACACUGAUACUCUCAUUCAUGUUUUGCAUGCGCUUGGAAACACAAAAUCAUCACUGGCAAUUGAGCACAUAAUACCCUAUGUCCAUUACCACGACAAAGAUGUUAGACUGACUGCUGUGAGCGCACUGAGGUUUUUUACCGGGCUGCCAAUUGUUCAGCAAGAGUUUGUCAGCAUUCUUCACAAGGAGAGCUCAGAUUAUUUGGUGGAAGCAAUCAUCCAAGCUCUAGGUAAUGGAUAUAACUACGACGAAGACAUUGAGUUGGACUCGGACCUCGUUCGGUGUUUAGUUCAGGUUACUAAUGAUCUGAGGAACAACGAUCUUCAAAACGAACUAAAUCAUCUUUUUAAUAAGAUGGGUGUACCAACUUCAAGUUCAGCAGAUUUAAUGGAUAAUAGAAACAUGAGUCGCCAAAGGCGAGACACACAAAGAUGGGAUUCUACUGCUUCGGAGUACAACAUAAUUGCUUCAGCAUCUCAAAGAGCUAAUGAUGUCGCUAAUUAUCCAUAUCACCGAGGCUAUCUGUGGAGCACCACCAUAGGACAGAAUAGUGGAGAAUACCCAAUCUACCUUCAGGCAGCAGCUGGGCUUUUUGCCGGUGCUAACAUUGACCAGUGUGACUUAAAGAUGUUUGGAAAGGCUAUCGUGGAUGUUCAUGUACUAGGUCGUGAAAGCAAUAUCCUGACGAUUGAGGGAAGAAAUGAUAGAAUAUACGUCUUGUUUGCUGGAGAUAUUGUGUUUGACAUCAACCCACCUGACUCCUACAGCAACCAACUCCCAGGCUACCAGAGACUACUGUUUUCAACCUCCUAUACAUUCUAUGUGUAUGGAGUACCCAUUACUCUUGGGUUCGAUGUGCAUGUUAGCAUUGGAACCAAUAUAGACAUUUCUGUUCAACAAGGUGUGAGCAACGACAUUGAAGCAAGUGCAACAAUAGCACCAUAUGUUUCAGCAAGUUUUGAUGGCAGUCUAACUAUCUCAGCUCUGGUUGCUCAGGUUGGAGUGAGUGUAACGGCCUCCAUUCCUUAUGGUAUCACGUUGCGUGCUACUUUUCAUGUGUGUACUCCUGCAGAUUCAGAUGUAAACAACUUUGCAUGUGUGGAAGCUAGUCAUGGGUGGCAAGAGAUCGAUAUAACAUUUGCUGCCUUUUAUCAACUACCUGACAUUUUUUCUUUUGGAUAUGGAGACCAAAUCAGAUGGGAUUCUCUCACUUUUACUUACACCAUCCCUGCAGAGCAGGGGAAGACAAUUUAUUCUGACUGUGCCGUUGCUAGUCCAGCUACAAGAGUACCACCUACAAGUGUAGUCACAAGUGCAGCUUCAACCGAGCCCGCAAGUGCUGCUUCAACUGACCCCACAAGUGGAGCUGCAGCCUCAAGUGCUGUAGCCACUCUGAUGCCUCCAUUUAUUGUUUCUUUCCUGCUCAUGUUUCCUUUAUUGGUUUACCUAGGCUGA